GGUAUAAUUUGGUCUGUUUGGUUAGUAUAUAAACCCAGUAUGCUCGUGAAUAAUGAUUCAUAUUACCGAGGCUGUUAUUUGUGUUCUGGACUCAACUGGCUGGGUUAGACAGAUCGCAGGAUCGGUUAGCACCCAGUCGAUAAUUCGCUGCUCUCUAAUUGACGGUCUCAUCACCUCACCCAUCAACUAAUAAUCCACUCGGCCACAGAUAUAACAAUUGGCGACGGGGACAAAAAAAAGUGAAAAAUGACGCUCCCUUCUUACCGAUUGCAGUUGCUAUUUGACCGACAUUUGGAGUUCAUGGUCAAACUACGCACACAGCUUCUGGAUCACCAAUGCUUUGCAUAUGCGUCGGAAGUGGAUGGAUUAAUCACUGAAUUUCACGCAGAGCUGGAAAAUGAUCACAGCCUCCAUGAAUCCUCGACCAGCCACAACUCAAACGAAACAGCAGUCUCUCAAGAGACGCCCGGUUGUCCAGCACUAUCCAUUUCAGAAACGUGCCCGGUAGUGGAUUCAAACACCACUAUCCCUGAAUUAGCAGGUCCGAACAGUGAUGCUCACAGCUCUCAGCAACAUGAUGCCAUGUCAAAUGCUCAUGAAAUUGCUGCAGUACCCGCCCACGAAGAAACGGGAGACAAAUCGAGCAGUAAAGUGGAUACAGUGGUGCCAAAUGAUCCAUUAUCUGCCAAUGAGGUUCCAAAAAAAUUCAAGCAACCUGUUUCACAAGAAUCAAACGCUGGUGACCUCAAAUCAAAUGUCGUCGAUCCUCAUGAUCUCGUCAGUUCUAAUGGAUUCCCUGUUAAUUGUGUCAAACAUGACAAACAUAUCGAAUUAAUAGUAACUUGGCUAUAUGAGGAUCCAACAGUCUUUCGUGGGGGAGGGGGAAUUCGAGAAAUUUAAAAUCCGGAUAUCAACUCCGGAUUUCUCAAAAAGGGGAGGUGUUAUAUCCCCUGGCGAAUUAUGAAUGGUAAAUCUGAGGUAUAUUUAUGGACAAAUGUAAUAUGCCUAUUCCCUAUUGUAUAGUUGUUAAAUAACUGACCUAAUCGUAUUCGUGUUCCUCUUAUCAUAACCCUUAUUUUGACCUUUGAACUAUUAUUAUUGAUUACUUUCCCCCUAUCCACAGCCACAUUGGCCAAUUAUUGUACAAAUAUUAUUUUUCUAUUUUUUGGUAUAAUUUGGUCUGUUUGGUUAGUAUAUAAACCCAGUAUGCUCGUGAAUAAUGAUUCAUAUUACCGAGGCUGUUAUUUGUGUUCUGGACUCAACUGGCUGGGUUAGACAGAUCGCAGGAUCGGUUAGCACCCAGUCGAUAAUUCGCUGCUCUCUAAUUGACGGUCUCAUCACCUCACCCAUCAACUAAUAAUCCACUCGGCCACAGAUAUAACAAUUGGCGACGGGGACAAAAAAAAGUGAAAAAUGACGCUCCCUUCUUACCGAUUGCAGUUGCUAUUUGACCGACAUUUGGAGUUCAUGGUCAAACUACGCACACAGCUUCUGGAUCACCAAUGCUUUGCAUAUGCGUCGGAAGUGGAUGGAUUAAUCACUGAAUUUCACGCAGAGCUGGAAAAUGAUCACAGCC